UCCGCCCUCUUCUUCCCGGUCCUGGGUGGGGGUCGGCAGAGACGACUUGUCGGACGCAUUGGAUCGUAACUGGGGAUAUUUUCCUUUCUUCCUAUUCCAUGCAGAUUAUUUAAAGCGAGACGGCCCUCCCUCCUCUCCCCUCCUUUCCCUAUCCCUCCCUCCCUCCCUUCCCUUCUGCGCGGAUGCUCGACUCCCGGUGCACGCGCAGCAUCCGCGACUGAACAAGGAGGGGGAAACAAAAACAACAAACGGCAAAAAAAAAAAAAAAAAAAAGCGCCAUCAGAGAGGUUCUCGCCGUGGAUGGACUGCUUCUUCCUCUCCGUGAUCGUCUCCACGACAUAGUGGGCUCCUCUUGAGUCAGAGAAGAUGGCGGACCGGGCUGAGAUGUUCUCCCUCAAUACGUUCCACUCCCUCUCUCCUCCGGGCUGCAGGCCAGCCCACGACAUCAGCCUGGAGGAGUUUGACGACGAAGACCUCUCGGAGAUCACGGACGACUGCGGGAUCGGCCUCAAUUACGACUCGGAUCCCUACGAAAAGGAUGCCCUCAUUCUGGAGAAGAGCGACACGCACCACCCGGUCUGCUCCUUCCAGGAUGACUUCCAGGAGUUUGAAAUGAUUGACGACGAAGAUGAGGACGACGAAGAGGAGGAUGAAGAGGACGAAGUGGACCCCGACGCGCCGCCAUCUCCCUCGGCAUCGCCUCCGCCCUCGCCGAUCCUCGGCACCCUAAAGAGCAGGCCCACCACGCUAAACCUCACCGCGGCUGUGUCGCAGGAUUCUCUCAACAACAACAGCAGUCUGUCGCCAAAGAAAGGAAGCUGGCAGGAAUCGCUGCGCAACCCAAAUUCACAGGGCCGCACAAGUCCAACCCGCUCAUGUCUGGAGGAUGGUAGCCACGUGACAAGCCAGUGUCCAGCCUCAUCGGUUUCCGAGUCACCCGGGUCCCAGAGUCAAGGUACUCCAGCAACACAGGCAGGGGAAGGUGGGAACCCCCAUUCCCCUCACAGGCUCCUCCUCUGUGACAUGGAGGGCAACAGGCGGGAGAGGUUUGCACACGGGUCAUUUGGUCAAAUGAAGUCCCAUCCUUGGCCCAGGGAUGUCAUCCAAACAAAGGCCGACCCUUCGGUUCACCCCGCCAGAGUGCCCUCGGUCGAUGAAAAUUCCCAGUGUUCCGACACAGAGGUGGACCACGAUCUCAACAACGGCCACAACCACAAACACCUUCACCGGCUUGCCACAGACACGUACACAAUUGCAAGCGAGUCUUUUACGGAAGCAGGGAAUGACCUGGAUCCAGAGGGAACCAGUCACUGCUUGUCAUCGACUGCACCUUUAGGUGGCAAUGAUGGGGCCGACACCCCAUUGUCCGAUGACGAGCUCGACAAGGACUUUGAAGUUGAGUUCAUGUGCAGGGAGACGUAUGACAUGGUGUGCAAGGAAAAUCCUUCAUCAUAUGUGGAAAAUCCUUCAUCAUAUGUGGAGUUUCCAUGCAUUGAGCCCUAUGACCAGGCUGUCUUCUCCAGCUCAGCAUCCUCCAACCCCUCAGAAGCUCCUGACCAGUCCAAAAGUUCCGAUUCUCCUGCCUUGGCAAAUCUGGUGGCUUUGGCCCAUGAUUCCCACUCUCCGUCGUCGGACCCUGGGAUAGCAGACAUGAACCAGCAAGGUUAUGUGACUUCAGACCUGGACAAGGAACUGAGCUCACCGGGUUCUGACUCUGACCUUGAUGAAGAAGUGGACAAAGCAUUUGCCUGUGAAGGUCCCGUGCACUCCAAUAUGAUCUCGUCUAUCUCAGAAACUGAGCUCGACCUGACUAGUGACGAUAGCAGCAGUGGACGCUCUUCUCAUCUCACCAACUCCAUUGAGGAGGCCAGCUCACCGACAUCAGACCAGGAGCUGGACCCGGAUGCAGAGUUAGAGCAGGACAGUGGGAUUGUGGGCCUCAAAAAAUCUCUGUUUUUGGGCCAGCCCGAUCCAAUCAAAGAAGAGUCUCCCCUUCCCACUGUGUCUCCUUUACCCUCUCCAACGAUUGCCACCCCAUCCCCUGUUGACUCCCCCGUUUUGCCUCCCAAGUCAUAUGAUGAUGACCAAGCUCUGAUGGAAUUGCAGAAUGUGGAUGUCGAUCUGUCUGGCGAGCACCUGGCUGACCCAGAUGAGACUCUGCCUCCUCAACAGUGCGAGGACAGCAUGUCCAGACAAAUGGUGCUCAAGAUAGAACCCGACCACAGCCUCGAGUGCUUCAAACGCUCCUUCUAUCUUCCAGUGGGACCCAGGCUCAUGCCCGCCGGAGAUGAUUACGAUGAAACCAGUGAAGGGGAUUCAGAAUCAGAAAGUGAGGAUGACCUGAGUGAAAACUCGGACUCACCCUGGCUGCUUAGCAAUUUGGUCAACAGGAUGAUCUCAGCCGGCUCAUACCCAAUCAGCUGUCCUGAGGAGUGCUUCAGGAGGGAGGUAUCCGUGUCAGAUACCAUCUCGCCGUCCUCAGAAAUUAGUGAGGAAGACAGCUUUGCUGAUGAGGACCCAGAAAUGGCUAGAUCAGAGAAGGAUGUUGAAGGGCCCAGAAACGUCAAGGUUGAGCUAGGUGAGAGAAUUAAGAUGUUGGAGUCUUCAAAUGAAGGUGUAGCCAUGAACUCUCGCCUCUAUAUGUGUAACCCUACCGGUGACACGAUCAUACCACUGAGUCUCGAUCACUGUGCGGAGAAUUUAAGAGAAACCACCGACUACUCCUCGUGCAAUCCCGGAGUCCCCAACACGGGGAAGAACACAUCAGAUAAACUCUACAAGAACAGACCAGAGGAAAGCGAAGAGCCCAAUAAUGACUUGACGAUGCUGGAGAAAAGGAAGGACCUGGAUUCUCCGAACCUUACCGAGAGCAUCCUAAGCGACAAAGAUAUCGGACGGGAGACGGACCCUCGGACGGCGAGUCGCUCAACCGCUUCCCUUGAACGAAUCACGGAGGUCAAACACAGCCUAACACUGGACAUACCCACUGCUCAGACCAACCGCUGCUUCAGCCUCACUUACUCCACAGAUAAUGACGAAGAAGAUGACCUAGAGGACUCGUACCCAUUCUUGGAUGACUUGAGGCGACGGUCCCACAGGGGUAGCGAUUCACAGCUCGACGGUUCACCUCCUGCGGAGUUCUCUGUGCCGGAUCACCCCUGCCCUGACCGAAAGCUUCCACCGUGUGAGAAAGACGUUUCUCCAAAGCCGCCCAGUGAAGAUGAAGGACUGGCCUAUGACUCUGUGAAGUACACGCUUGUAGUUGAUGAAAACACAACUCUGGAACUCGUCAGCCUUAGGAGGUGCACGUCGGUCCUGAGCGACGACAGCGACCUCUCCACACUGUGCGACGACGAGCCUUUGGGGACGGGUCGGGUGGACUAUUGUUGCGAUGACGAGGGGGCGAGGCCGGGCCUUCUCAGUUCCUCCGAGGACUCUUCCCCUGAGGCGGAACUCCCGUUUUCCAAGAAGUUCCUCAACGUCUUCGUCAAUAGCACGUCACGCUCCUCCAGCACGGAAUCCUUUGGACUUUUCUCCUGCACCAUCAACGGAGAGGAGAGGGACCAAACGCACAGGGCGGUUUACAGGUUUAUCCCCAGACACGCAGACGAGCUGGAGCUGGAUGUGGACGACCCUUUGUACGUAGAGGAGGAAGAGGACGACUACUGGUACCGAGGCUACAACAUGCGCACGGGAGAACGCGGAAUCUUCCCCGCCUUCUACGCUCAUGAGGUCAUUAGUCACUCCAAAGAAAUGUUGGCCAUGAAACGUAACCCGGCGUGGAUAGAGACGUUCGACGUGCAGUUCUUGGGUUCCGUGGAGGUCCCUCAGCAUCAAGGCAACGGAAUUCUUUGCGCUGCCAUGCAGAAGAUUGCACAGUCCAGGAAGCGGACGGUGCACGUGCGGCCGCCGUCCCUGUGCGAGCUGGAGAUCAGCUUGCAAGGGGUGAAGCUGAUCAUGAGUCUGGAGGAUGAAUACGGCUGUCUGGACGAGUUCGACAGAUGCAGUCACUUCUUCCAGAUGAAGAACAUCUCCUUCUGCGGAUGUCACCCGAGGAACAACUGCUACUUUGGCUUCAUCACGAAGCACCCCAUGCUGAGCAGGUUCGCGUGCCACGUGUUUGUCUCCCAGGAGUCCAUGCGACCUGUGGCGGAGUGCGUCGGUCGGGCUUUCCAGGAAUACUACCAGGAACACGUGGAGUACGCCUGCCCCACUGAGGACAUCUACCUGGAGUAACGCUCAUCGGAGGGCUUCUUCUUCUCCGUCUUCUUCUUCUCGGUCGUCUUCUUCUUCG